GUUGCGAUUGGCCCAGUGUCUUUCCUCAGCAAGAACUCGACGCCUCUCUCUCUCCCUCUGUGAUCAGUGGGUGAGAGGGGGGAGACGAGGAACACACAACGGAGAACCCGGCGUGCGCCUCCGUCAUCAUCUUGUUAGCUCAUCCUUUCAUUACACCACCGGUCCUGGAUCCCCCAACCACGGUCCUGGAGACGCCUGAGUCUGCAGCAGCGCACGAUCUGCUUUAUUUCCAGCCUAUAUCUGAAUGACGGGCGGAAGGUUUGACUUCGACGACGGUGGCACUUACUGCGGGGGGUGGGAGGAUGGCAAAGCCCACGGACACGGCAUCUGCACCGGACCCAAGGGCCAGGGCGAGUACGCCGGGUCCUGGUCGCACGGCUUUGAGAUAGUAGGAGUGUACACCUGGCCCAGCGGGAAUACCUACAAGGGCUACUGGUCCCAGGGGAAGCGGCAUGGGCUCGGUGUGGAGAAUAAAGGGAAGUGGAUGUACCGCGGAGAGUGGAGUCACGGUUUUAAGGGUCGGUACGGUAUCCGGCAAAGCCACAACACACCUGCUAGAUACGACGGUACCUGGAGCAACGGGCUGCAGGAUGGAUAUGGGAUCGAAACCUAUGGCGAUGGCGGUACCUAUCAGGGCCAGUGGAUGGGUGGGAUGCGACAUGGCUACGGCGUGCGUCAGAGUGUUCCCUAUGGCAUGGCCACCGUUAUCCGCUCUCCUCUCCGCACAUCUCUGGCCUCACUGCGCUCUGAGCAGAGCAACGGCACAGUGCUCCAGGACCUCUCCUCCCCUGCAGACACUCCGACAGGCAGUCGUGGCGGCUUCGUCCUUAACUUCCACUCAGACAGCGAGGUUGUCACUGGCAAGAAGAAGGGCCUGUUCCGCCGGGGCUCACUCUUUGGCAGCCUCCGGCAGUUGCGCAAGUCUGACUCUCGGACCUCAAUCUCCAGCAAGCGCAGCUCUGCACGCAGUGAUGCUGCCAUGAGCCGCAUCAGCUCCAGCGAUGCCAACUCUACUAUAUCCAUCGGUGAUGGCGAACUGCCAGAUGAGGACCUACCUCUAGAGGACCAUGUGGAUGCCACCACGACCGAGACCUACAUGGGCGAGUGGAAGAACGACAAGCGCAAUGGAUUUGGUGUUUCAGAGAGAUCCAACGGGAUGAAGUACGAGGGAGAAUGGCUUAACAACAAGCGCCAUGGUUACGGGUGCACAGUUUUCCCAGAUGGCACCAAAGAAGAAGGGAAGUACAAAAAUAACGUGCUGGUGCGUGGAAUAAGGAAGCAGUUGAUUCCUCUUAAGAACCCCAAAACCAAAGAGAAGGUGGAUCGAGCUGUGGAGGCAGCACAGAGGGCUGCAGCCAUCGCCAGGAGUAAAGUGGAAAUAGCAGCUUCCAGAACGGCCCAUGCCAGGACAAAAAGCGAGGCUGCAGACCAGGCCGCCAUCUCUGCUGUGCAUGACUCAGAAAUUGCCAGGGCGGUUGCUAGGGAGCUCUCCCCCAACUUUUACCAACCAGGUCCUGACUACUUAAAACAACCGCUAAAGGAGCCUGUGGAGAUUAAAGAGGUCCCUGUUGAAAAGAAGGACAACUCCCUAAGCGACUCUCCGCACUUCUUCCCCAAGGGUACCACUCCUACAUGCUCCCCUGCGACCAGCCCUGUAGCCACGCCUCCCCCUUCGCCUCACUCCAGCAAGAAGAAAGGUCAGCUCGCCAACAGCACCAGUCGCAAAACCAGCAAAGAGGAAAAACCUUCCCGCAAGACAAGCAAAGAAGAGAAGGCAAGUCAUAAGACAAGCAAGGAUGAGCGGUCUAGUAGAAAGCUGAGUAAAGAGGAGAAGCCGUCCGUCACUGAUGGCCCCAAAGCUUCCCAUGUGCACGUCGAGGCUCCACCUAAGCCUGCUAAAAUUCAGCAGCCUCCCGCAGCAUCUUCUCCUCCUCCACAGCCUCCUGCAAUUCCAGUCAAUGGCGAGGUCCACAGUGAGUACCACAGUUACUACGUCAAGGCCCCUGCAAGGGCCCGUCCACCGCCGGACCGUCAAGAGGAUAUAGAAGAAGAGCCUAGUAUCCUGGACCUGGCACGUAUGCCUCCACAACCCCCUAAAUCCUAUAGUAUCCCCCCUCCUAAGCUAGCCUCCUUACGGGAAAGCAAGAGCGACCCCAAACUCAGGAAGCAGGAUUCCCUAAAGCCAAAGAGCCUCGCAGACACAAAGAAAGCCAGUAUGGAGAUUGCAGAAAACAUGGAAGAAACAGGUCCUAACUCGGUCCUUGUUGCUAUGGUAAUGCUGCUGAAUAUUGGCCUUGCAAUUAUAUUUGUCCAUUUUCUGACAUGAUGAGGCUGUUUCUCAGUAAAACCAUGGCAACCGGUACAGUUGCAUCGCCGGCCUUGACAAAUGAAUAUGGCGCCAAUGAGACACGGGAGCUGCCGUAGGUGUUUAGGAAUCAGCGUGACACCGAAGAGAAUCAGGAGGAAGGCUUCACUACCACCAACCUGUCAUGGGCCUUCUUUAGGGCCAGCCCUGUGAAAUAGCACUGAUUUGGCUUCUCUGAAAGCUGAGGUGAAAUGUCGUGUCUAGUGAGAUAUAUAAAAAAAAAAAGUUUAAAAAUGCAACCAAACAUACAAGAAGUAAUUGAAACCCACACGUGUGCUGAUCCAAGCACUGGUCUCUGUAGCCCACUGCCUUGGCAGAGAUAGCAGUGGGCUGACGGACUUUGCUGGAAGAGUGUGGAGAUGCACUUUUAGAUGACGGGAGCAAACAGCUGCCUUUCUAUUUUGCCAUCUGACGUUUUGAUGAGGAGAUGUGAGCCCGGCGGCCGGGGGUGGUGGGGGGGGGGGAGAAUAGUCGCAGCGGGAACAUGCUCGGGUGUUCAGAGCGUUUUCUGGGGUUCACACCACUCUUGCAACAGGAAACUGGGCACGGCCGUUGCCAGCAGUUGUCAGUGCUCGCACGGUCACUAGCCAGUCUUACUCUGUUUACCCAAUCAUCACCGCAGCUUUCUCGAGCGUCGUCCAUUGUAACCCAAGAUUACACUGCUAUGAAACACUCCCCGUGCAUGGUACAGUUUUAACAUUUUGUUUUUGUUUGUUUUCUGUAGCUUUUUUUUUUUUUUUUUUUUUUGCUCGUUGUUAUCUGAAUGUUGGUUACCUGCAGUCAAAUGCUUGUAGUUGAAAAGGAAAUUUCUUCUCUCAAAAAUGAGUAAAUACAUCUGUUUUCCCUUUUUAUUUUUAAAAUUUCACUCAUUUCUAACAAUGGAGUUGUAAUUUGACAUUACAUAUUCAUGUUACUGAAAGUGCAAUAUGUUUUAUUUUUUCAAAGAAAAGCUUAUAGUAUAUUUUGCCAAAAAAAAAAGGAGAGAGGGAGGGUGGGGGUGGGGAGGGUUGUACAUUAUAAAAAUCCUAUGUUCCAUUUAUUUUGUCAGCCUCAUAAUUUGAAUAGCCUGGUUUUUAUAGAGGGUGUUGCUGAACAGCAGGCAUUGUGUUUAGGAAGGAGGUUCAUAAUUUUAAAGCUACCUAGCUCUGUGAGAGUGAAGUAACAAAUGUCUUAUGUUAUUUAUUAAAUCAGAAGGAAAAUAAUUUCAUUGCACAUGUCAAUGAACCAUUUUGCUUGAAUUCCUUCAUUCAAUUCUUUGCUUUAAAUGUUUCAGUAUACCACUAAAAUGCAAAGACGCAGUUCACGCAGCUGCUUCUGUGGGCCCUUGCGUGCUUGUGAGACUGGAUCGAAACAGUCUUGUGGACAGUGGAAGUAGAAUUUAUUCAGGUUGAGGCCAUGGGGAAUGUGGCACCAGGGAGAAGGACAGAUGCCUUUAAAAGUCUUUAACAGUACUACUGUUUACCUCAGAAAAAGAUGAGGAAGGGGGGGAGGGGAAGAGAUGCCAUCCUUGUCUUAACUUUGUCGUGUGGGGAUACUUUGACUGUUGUCAUCAACUGAAUCAUGCUUUGAACUAGCCUCAUCACAGCUGUUUGUAGUCUUUGUGCAAGUAUGGCAUGAAUUUCUUUGAUUUUAAAAGUGGUUAUUUAUAUGGUUGACAUUUGCUGUCAUCUCAACGAAGGUUAAUUAUUUAUUCAAUGAACAACUGAUGUGUCUGUGAACAUUGGUCAUCAUAAAAAGGGCUUUAAUAUGGCUAGGUUUUCUUUGCUGCAAUUCAGUUCAGCUUGACUUUAUUGUCUGGUAAAUGAGCAGCACGUUACAUUUGGAGAAUGCUUCAGCCAGUUAGAUGUUUGCAAACUGUCCACAUAACUAACCAAUAAAAUAUAUAUUAAAGAUGUGGCAUUGACAAUAAAAGCAGACCAAGACACUACAUUACUCAAAAAAACAUUGUUAUAUUACAAAUGUGAUGAAUUAAAUAACAAUUUUUCACCCUUUCUUUGCUACACCCUCUUUUCUUGUUUUAACUGUCUUCACAGGAGCAUGGUGAAGACUAAAGUUUCGGAGGGUUAAACAGAACAGCCUGUUUAUGGGAUAUUUUUUGAAAUGCAACAUUGCAUGUAGGAGUCAUUUAUAUAUAGAUUAUUAUAUACUAUUUGUAAGGAUUUUUACAGAGCACAAUCCAGAAUCUGGUAUGAGUUGGUAUUUUUCUAACAAUUUGCACACCUGUAUUUUGACAAUGAAUAUAACUUGUUUGUAAUUGGUAAUGUAAUGCACAUAUGAUAAUGUUUGACAGUGGAAAAAAAAAACUUUAUUUCUAAUUGGUUGUACUGUAUGCACCAUUUGGGGAUGUGAAAGGCAGAUGUACUUGUUUGAGUUAUUUUAAGAUAUAACGAGGAACUGCGGGAGACUUUUGAUAUCUCAAGGUUCAUGUUACCCCACUGAUUUGUGCAAAGUCUUUGGAGAUGAAGUUAUGUGUAUAACAAUAAAGAUGUUAUGCCUUGUUAAACUAC